CUUGCGGUGUCAAUCAUCUUCUUCUUCGUCAGCCUCCCUUCCACCGCCAUAUUGGGCAACUAAAAAAAGGGGGCUCGUCUUUUCGGGGUGUUUUUCUCCCCCUCCCUUGUCCCCACUCUCUCGCCGCUCCGCGACUCCGACGCCGGCAAGGUUUGGAGAGCCGCUCGGUCGGCGGGACCCGCGGGCUCGCAGCUGCCCGGACUUGGACUGGCUCUGCCCCCUCCUCUCUCCGCUGCGCUCCUCUCCCCUCCCCUCCCCGCCUCCCGCUCGCCAGUCCACUUGAUCGGCGGGGACUCGGGGCUGCCUGGCCGGGGCUGCCCCUCGCCCCCUCCCCCAGCCCCGCGCGCUCCUGACGCUCGGGCACUUACUCGUCCGUGUUUGUUUCUCUUGGCUCGGAGGGCAGUCGCAGGGCUUAUAAGAGGGGCUCGGGCUGGGUCGGGGCGUCUUGUUUUGUUCGUUUUGUUUUGCGAGAGCGCAAGAGAGGCGGUUGCCGAGCCCGGGGAGGAAGAUGUCAAACGUGCGAGUGUCUAACGGGAGCCCGAGCUUGGAGCGGAUGGACGCCAGACAGGCGGAGUACCCCAAGCCCUCGGCCUGCAGAAACCUCUUCGGCCCGGUCAAUCACGAAGAGUUAACCCGGGACUUGGAGAAGCACUGUAGAGACAUGGAAGAGGCCAGCCAGCGCAAGUGGAAUUUUGAUUUUCAGAAUCACAAGCCCUUGGAGGGCACAUACGAGUGGCAAGAGGUGGAAAAGGGCAACUUGCCCGAGUUCUACUACAGACCCCCGCGGCCACCCAAAGGCGCCUGCAAGGUGCCGGCGCAGGAGGGCCAGGAUGUCAGCGGGACCCGCCAGGCGGUGCCUUUAAUUGGGUCUCAGGCAAACUCAGAGGACACGCAUUUGGUAGACCAGAAGACUGAUGCACCGGACAGCCAGACGGGGUUAGCGGAGCAGUGCACUGGGAUAAGGAAGCGACCUGCCACAGACGAUUCCUCUUCUCAAAACAAAAGAGCAAACAGAACAGAAGAAAAUGUUUCAGACGGUUCCCCGAACGCGGGAUCAGUGGAGCAGACGCCCAAGAAGCCGGGCCUCAGAAGGCGUCAAACGUAAAGUACUCGAAUUGAGAGUAUGUUUCCUUGUUUAUCCGAUACAUCACUGCUUGAUGAAGCAAGGAAGAUAUAAAUUAAACAUUUUGAAUACAUAUCGCUGACUCCACGGAGUGGACAUCCCUUAUAAGCACUGAACAGCAACAACCCAAUAACACUAAAGUUUUAGGCACUCUUAAAUCAUCUGCCUCUAAAAGCAUUGGAUGUAGCAUUGUGCAAUUAGGUUUUUCCUUAUUUGCUUCAUUGUACUACCUGUGUAUAUAGUUUUUACUUUUUAUGUAGCACAUAAACUUUGGGGAAGGGAGGGCAGGGUGGGGCUGAGGAAUUGGCAUGGGGGUGUAUGAAGAGCUUGCUUUGACUUAGAGCAAGGAGAAAAAUAUUUGACUUGCACUAAGAGAAGCAGUCUGGGGGGAAGGUUUUGUUUUCUUUAAAGAUGUAAUGUCCCUUUCAGUGAGAACUGAUACUUCAUUUAAAAAAUCAUCCAAAUUUGAACACUGGCUGCAGAUAAUUGAUACUUAUUUUUUUACAUGAAGCUUUUUUCUCAUUUAGGAGCUCAGAUGAUUCCGUUAUGUAGCAGCAAAUGGCUUUUUUUUUUUUUU